GGCCUUAAAAGCGGAAGUAACCCCCUCCUUCGCGGCCGGAAGUGGCGGCGCGGAGCGGAAGCGAGGAGGCUGCGCCAUGAAGCCGGCGGUGGACGAGAUGUUUCCUGAGGGAGCCGGCCCUUACGUGGAUCUCGAUGAGGCAGGGGGAAGCACGGGGCUGCUGAUGGACCUGGCCGCCAACGAGAAAGCGGUGCACGCCGACUUCUUUAACGAUUUUGAAGAUCUCUUUGAUGAUGAUGACAUCCAGUGAACUUAGUUGUCCAGCUAUGCAGUGCUGAGAUGUGGAUUUUGUCUUUGGGAUCACCCGUGGUGUCCAUUAUUUAUUAAAAUAAUCAAAACAGGAAAAUCACCGAGGGGGGGAAAACCUUGUAUAAGCUACUUGGGGAAUAUGAAAACCAGAUGGUUAAAGGUAACUAAGGAGGGAAUUGUGGACUGUUAUUUCUAGGAAGCUCUGUGUAGAUUUUUCUGAAAACUUUACUUGCUGAUGUACUCUUCAAUAAAAUACUAAAAAAAAAACACCCAACACCCCCCCUCUCUCUGGGAUAUACUUUGAAAGUAGAUACUGCUGUUUUCUGAGCUCUCUUACAGAGUGGUUUAUUUUUUUUUAAUAAAUAAUUCACUAUUACUUUUUUUCUGCCUAGAAGAGUUUUGUUCAUCUAAGGUGCUGGGUUUUUCUGAAUAGUCUGACUCUCAAUUGCCAGUUGUGCUGAGUGUCCAUAGUCUUCUCUUUCAAGACAGAUAUUCAGCUACCAUCAAUACUUCUAAUCUAGGAAGUAUGGGAAUAAAAAGUAGUAAUUUUAUCUUGAUAUUUCAAGCAGAGAAGUGUUCUGGGCUAUGGGAAUGCUUGGAUUUAAAAAUCUAAUUUAAUUUUUGAAAUUGUAUUCUAUAGACAGAAAAUCAUUUUAGGAUUCAGGUAAUAUAAUUAUUCAUACUUAUAUGUAUAUUGUUUAUGAAUCUGUCUGUUAAUUCAGAUUUUGACACAAGUUUUCAGAACACUUUUAGAAAUGUUUGAUUUUGCACCCUUUAGUGACCACAGUGAAUCUCAGAAUGAAAGGUGAGUUUCUUAAUUCAGAAUCAAGAGUUUAAUCCUAUCUAAACUUAAGUCAUCUGUAUUCCCUAAAUUGAUCAGAAAAAUAAUACUGUGUCUGAUCUUUCUUUAAAGCCUUCACGCUAAUUAAAUUUCACCUGGAGUGACACCCUCUCCUCUUGUGCUUGUUCACAUUCUCGCUUGUAUUUGCUUUAAAGGAAAUCUUAAAUGUAACGUAAGUAUGCUGGCCCCGAGCUUAAAAAUGUAAGCACAAUAAAACCAGUGGGACUAGG